AUGGCCAAUCCUACAGUAUUCUUCGACGUGACCGCGGACGGAAAGCCUUUGGGCAGGAUUGUGAUGGAGCUGCGCCAAGAUGUGGUGCCGAAGACAGCCGAAAACUUCCGGGCGCUGUGCACUCAUGAUAAAGGCUUUGGCUACAAAGGCUCCAGCUUCCACCGGGUCAUCCCUGACUUUAUGUGCCAGGGGGGCGACUUCACCAAACACAAUGGAACAGGAGGAAAGUCCAUCUACGGCGAGAAGUUUGAGGACGAGAACUUCAUUUUAAAGCACAGCGGCGAAGGCAUCCUGUCCAUGGCCAACGCAGGGCCAAACACCAACGGGUCGCAGUUUUUCCUCUGCACCGUCCCGACGCCCUGGUUGGACGGAAAGCACGUGGUCUUCGGUUCUGUGAAGCAAGGCAUGGACGUGGUCAAGAAAAUCGAGUCCUACGGCACCAAAUCCUCCGGAAAAACUAAAGCGAAAAUUCUGAUCGCCAAUUGCGGUCAGCUUUGAGCUCA